AUGUCGUCGUCAUCCAUCAAUCCUACAUCCAUUCCAUCCAUCUCUGCUCUGCGGCAGCAGCUCGGAUAUGGCGACUCUAACUCGGCGAAUCAUCAGUCAAAAUUAUUCUAUGAUAGCGUCCGGGCUUUCCGCAAGACCUUUGUAACCAGACAAGGCUAUGAGGGCAGUGUGAUGUACGAAUGGAAGUCUUCAGAGCAUCAAAGUGCUCUUGAAGAGAUGGUCCAAGCAUUCCUCGACGAUGACGGCAACGGAGCUCGACUUUGGCCGGAUGAACAUGCCCAAGGCAGUGUUAAGAAGCUCAAGUAUUCCCGUCAUGGCACGAAAAUUAAGCGAAUCCUGAAGCAACUGUUUUGGAGAAUGAAUCUGCAGCAGCACCGCAAUGGCAAAUACAGAAAGAACAAAGUGAAGACGGGCAACGUCAACAUACGCACACUUGAUAGGAGAGGUAGUCACGAGGACCCCAUCGAUGUAGACGAGAUUGAGGAGUCACUCGAGAGCUCUAGUGCGGUUGAAAUACUUACCACCUCAAACUCGACCAAGACUGAUCAGGCGGCGGCUGCGCCUUCGAAGAUUCUCGACCCGUACGAAAUCGAUUCUACCUCGGAAGAGGUUCAAGGACUAUUUCAAUCGCAAAGAGACGUUGGCGCAGACCUCUGGCGCGAACCCAAAGGUCAUGACCAAGAAGUCGGAAAUACUUUCAAUGAUCCCUUCACGUCGCCGACUGGCCCCAUGGAAGAUCGCCAAUUCGCGCCAUAUGCUGAAAUGAAUCCUUCCGAGCCUCCUCCCAACCGUCCCAGAGUUAACACUAUGCAGUCUCUCCAUCAGACUUCGAAGGGGAAGCGAGACGACGAUCCGGUCGACCCCCAAGCAAGUCGGACUUCGCCGCGCAAGCGCCAUGCGCCUCAACGCGAUGGGCUCGUAACAGGCGAACGACUAACUGAAGCCUGGCAGGCUAUGGAUAAGGACUCUCCCCCAGAGAUGGUUGCCCACGCCAUGUCAUCUGCAGCCCACCCAGAAGUUCCCGGCAGCUCUUUCACUGGUGUCCGAGAGGAAUCGGGUCUCCACACCCAUGAGAACAGUGCGGAGAAUGUUACAGACAGAGAAACUUCUGUUGAUGCCUUCGCUGAUGAAAUGGUCACUCGACUGACCGCCGAAACUGAGACGCAAUCACUUCAGCAAGAUGAGGUCGUCACCAGCACCGAAGCCUCUGAGCCUGCUGACACUCCACGUCAAGCGAGCCCUGCUGUGGAACACAAAAAGACAGUCUCUUUCUUAGCGAACAUGAGACGCUCACAGACAAUGGCUGCAGAGCCAAUCGAAAGCAACGACUCACCUCAGACCGCACCGACGCGCCAAGCGCGAGUCAAGUUUGUGUACCGCAUAAUCACCCGUUACCCGACUCGCCGGAGCUGUAUCUGGAAGCCCAGAGGAAGCUUCCGGACCAAAACGCUGGCCGAACUAGAAGAUGAGCUUCCCUUGCGGUUUGAGCGAUCCGAGCUCAAGUACCUCCUUGUUCGGCUGGAGGCCCGAGAUACUCAUGCGGAUCAGAUAAUUCCCUGUGGAAGAGAAGAAGAGUUCGAUGCUCUGAAACGACAUCUUGCAGACUUCAUUCGACAUCGCAUUGCAGAAUCGCUCCCUGGAGAGGAGGUCUCUGUGUUUAUCGACAUUGAGCCAUUGCCUACUCUGGAUUCGACGGAGAAACCCUUGGAAGUAGAGUCGAUUACGUUUGAUUGGUGA